AUGUUUCAGAGUAAACUGAUUUGGGUAACGGCUCUCGCCUCUUUUAUUUCCUUUGUACUGUGCCUUCAGAACCUUUUAAUUUUCUGGAGCUGUACUGAAAGUACUCUUCUGUUGGAACAGAGAUCUUACCCAGCGCUUAAAAAUUCUCGAGCUGGUUUGAGACAGUUGAUAACGAAGAUGGUUCUUGAAACAUCUGUAUCGAAAUGGCCAAGCAGACGUAUCACACUUACAUUAAACCAAUCUGCGUCAUUUCUAAGUCGUCGGCUUAAGAUGCAUAAGGUUGCGGUUAGACCCACCCGUCAAAGAUGGUCAAAACACGCUGAAAACAACAAGAGCAUGACAGCCGGAAGCUCCGACAAACGAAGAAUUUCAACUGUUCAGCCUUGUAUAUGGUUGCACAUGGUAUGUAUCACUAAAAAGUUUGACACUGUCGCCAUGCCUCUGUUCCACAGGUUUUUGCCUAUUUUUGACUUUUCGUACGUUAUGAACUUGACCCUACCAGUAGCUCGAAUCCCGCGUAACAAAGAAAGUUGUUCAAUUUUUAAGCAUCUUGUGACUCUAAAAGGAUUGCAUGAAUUAUCAUUUCACUCUGUGCCCAAGCAUUAUUGUCUUGGCUUUUGGUUUCUAUGA